AUGUGGGACUCGCUACUGUACAUAAUUAUAACCCCACGGCGCCAUCAGCAAUUGCUCGAGGCAGAACACGAUAACAGCGUAGCAUUGUCCGCAUCAUGCCACACGAUCAGCCAUAGAAAUCACAGCCUCCUAUGGCCAAGAAUGAUGUGGAAUAGACCUUGGCAAAGCGGCUUUACACACAUCGGCCAUUUCGCUGUGAGUUGUUGCGCUGGUACAGUGCUUGCAAGGAUGCCAACGCAUUCCUUCUUUUGGACGAAUGAACCCCUGUUCCCCCGCGGUCUGUGUGGCUGCGGGAUAGACCUGGUCCUCUUCUUAAGGCGCAUGACGGCCUCACAGAAUCAUUGGAGGCUUUCCCACGUCGCGGUCCGUGCUUGUAACUGCAACUCUCACAAUGUUGAAAGCAGCGUCCUCGCCAUGUAG